UGGAGGCUACAGUGAGCUGUGAUCCUGCCACUACACUCCAGCCUGGGUGACAGAGCAAGACUCUGUCUCAAGAAAGGAAUCUGAGUUGAAUUAAAGAAUUCUUGAGAAUGGACGUGGUUUGUUAAGAAUGAGGCACUUUCUGUGCAAAUUUGCUAGGUCUGAACAUGAGCAGAUCAUUUCUCUGCCAGGGUGUCUAGGUUUGGAGCUGAGAUGCUUUAAAAGUGGCAUCUGUGGAUAAGAGGGCACAGCUGAGGCAUAAACUUUAAACAGAAAAUUUCCCCUCUACCCCCAAUAAUGGCAGGUGGAUGCUCUCCAGGCAGCUGGAGAGCAUCAAAGCAACUUUACUAAACAUGGAAGUUCCAAUAAGUGCCUGUCCAGUCCAGCCAGGGUUGCGGUGGGGAGGGGUGGGGGUGAUGUCAUUGCCACGUGUUUCCCACUGAGGCACAAAACCUGCUGGACACUGGUGCAAUUAAGAGCCAAGUUUAGACAAGAGCAGCUAACCUGACCAGUUGGUCCCCAGCAACAUUAACUUGUUGCUUUUCAAGUCAUCUCUGGAGGCUGCUGAUUCUUUCCAGCUGCCUUUGUGCCAGCUCCGAGUGCAGCUCUUCUUUGAUCCAAGUCUGCUUUGAGGAAGGGGACCCAACGAUGACUCUGAAUGUCACCAUGCGCCAGGGCACUGUGGGCAUGCAGCCGCAGCAGCAGCGCUGGAGCAUCCCAGCCGAUGGCAGGCAUCUGAUGGUCCAGAAAGAGCCCCACCAGUACAGCCACCGAAACCGCCAUUCUGCUGCCCCUGAGGACCACUGCCGCCGAAGCUGGUCCUCUGACUCCACAGACUCAGUCAUCUCCUCUGAGUCAGGGAACACCUACUACCGAGUGGUGCUCAUAGGGGAGCAGGGGGUGGGCAAGUCCACUCUGGCCAACAUCUUUGCAGGUGUGCAUGACAGCAUGGACAGCGACUGCGAGGUGCUAGGAGAAGAUACAUAUGAACGAACCCUGAUGGUUGAUGGGGAAAGUGCAACGAUUAUACUCCUGGAUAUGUGGGAAAAUAAGGGGGAAAAUGAAUGGCUCCACGACCACUGCAUGCAGGUCGGGGACGCAUACCUGAUUGUCUACUCAAUCACAGACCGAGCGAGCUUCGAGAAGGCAUCUGAGCUACGAAUUCAGCUUCGCAGGGCUCGGCAGACAGAGGACAUUCCCAUAAUUUUGGUUGGCAACAAAAGUGACUUAGUGCGGUGCCGGGAAGUGUCUGUAUCAGAAGGGAGAGCCUGUGCAGUGGUGUUUGACUGCAAGUUCAUCGAGACCUCCGCAGCUGUCCAGCACAACGUGAAGGAGCUGUUUGAGGGCAUUGUGCGGCAGGUGCGCCUCCGGCGGGACAGCAAGGAGAAGAAUGAGCGGCGACUGGCCUAUCAGAAAAGGAAGGAGAGCAUGCCCAGGAAGGCCAGGCGCUUCUGGGGCAAGAUCGUGGCCAAAAACAACAAGAAUAUGGCCUUCAAGCUCAAGUCCAAAUCCUGCCAUGACCUCUCUGUACUCUAGGAACCCAGAGUCACCCAGAUGUCCCUUCGAUGGACAUUGUUGAAGGCCAUUGGGACCAAUAAUCUAUAUUAGAUUGGAUACUUCAGUAUUGUUAGAUGUGGUUUCCCCCAUUGUAGCAGGGAGCUGACGUAUUAGCCUUGUGGGCAACAUGAAGCAUGGGAAAUGGAAGAUUUUUGUAAAAAGUCAGUAUUUAUUUCCAGGAAAAGCCUGACCUUGCUAUUUGAACACCCAAGACUCGUUAGAGGAUGUGUUUGGUGUUCACAUGUGUUUCUUCUCUUCUGGAUAGUAGAGAAGUAAAGCUUACAAAGAAUGCCUAGAACAAGAAAUUUUCGCAUUAAAAAUUUUGCCCAGUGUUCUGAUAUGUGACUUUGAGGCCAAUGGGUCAUAAACAAAUAUAAGAAAGUUGUUAAUGAGUUUCUUCAAAGGAGGGAAAACUUUCUAUGAAUCUAAGAUCGAUGGAGCUAGAAUUGUAGGACUAGGCUCAUCAGAAUCGUGACUAUUAUUGUUCCAUCAAACUGUGAAAAGAAAUAAUGUGGACCUUGCUGGAAACAAAGGCUUGGCAAACAAUUUUUGUUCAGUGCCCACUGAGAUGUGUAGAAUUGGGAACUGAUACAUGUAUCCCUUAUAGGCUCAAAAAUUAUAUCUUACAAUUUCUUAUUUAGGGGAAAAUUACUUGAAUCAGAUUCUAUUUAGUCAAACCACCUUUUAUGUUUUAUUAGUUUUGAAUUCAUGGAGUCAUCAUAAAAAUAUUUUUAAAAUCAAAAUUAUUGAUACCCUGUAGUGCAAAAUGUCAAUUUUUAAUGUAUAAUCAGAAGUCUGAAUUUUUAUAAAACAUAUAGCAUAAAAACUUCCAGUACUUUGGUUGAUCCUUGUAUGUCACAGCUCUGCUCUAUUUAUUAUUAUUUUGCAAAAUAACCAUUUUAACAUUUGAUAAAGCAUAUUUAUGAACAUAUUUCUUAAUAAGAAAAAUAUCCAUUUUAUUACCAUUUUCUAUCUUUUUCAAAAUAUGCAAGUUUUUACCUAUAUGUCUUAUAAUAAAAGAAAAUAUUUGAAAAAAGGCA